AUGAGUACUCCAUUUGGAUUAGAUCUAGGUAACAACAACUCUGUGCUAGCUGUUGCCAGAAACAGAGGUAUUGAUAUUGUUGUCAAUGAAGUAUCAAACCGUUCUACACCUUCUUUGGUUGGUUUUGGCCAAAAGAACAGAUUUUUAGGUGAGGCCGGUAAGAACAAGCAAACUUCUAACAUCAAGAACACCGUUGAUAACUUGAAGAGAAUUGUAGGUUUGAACUACGAAGAUCCAGAUUUCAAGCAAGAAGCUAAAUACUUUUCCUCCAAGUUGGUCAAACUUGACGAUGGCAAGGUUGGUGCUCAGGUUAGAUUUGCCGGAGAGCAACAUACUUAUUCUGCUACCCAACUAGCUGCUAUGUUCAUCAACAAAGUUAAAAACACGGUGGUAAGUGAGACAAAAGCCAGUAUUACUGAUGUGGCAAUUGCUGUUCCAGCUUGGUACACGGAGGAGCAACGUUACAACAUUGCCGAUGCUGCUAGAAUUGCAGGUUUGAACCCAGUCAGAAUUGUCAACGAUGUUACUGCUGCCGCUGUUUCUUAUGGUGUUUUCAAGACCGAUUUACCAGAAGGUGAUGAAAAGCCAAGAAUCGUUGCAUUUGUUGAUAUUGGUCAUUCCAGUUAUACUUGCUCGAUUGGCGCUUUCAAGAAGGGUGAAUUGAAGGUCCUAGGCACCGCAUAUGACAAGCACUUCGGUGGUAGAGAUUUUGACCGUGCCAUCACUGAGCACUUCGCUGAUGAAUUCAAGACAAAGUAUAAGAUCGAUAUCAGAGAGAACGCCAAGGCUUACAACAGAGUUUUGACAGGUGCCGAAAGAUUAAAGAAGGUGCUUUCCGCUAACACUGCUGCUCCAUUUUCUGUCGAAUCUGUCAUGAACGAUGUCGACGUUUCUUCUCAAUUGACACGUGAAGAGUUGGAAGAAUUAGUCAAGCCUUUGCUAGAGCGCGUGACCGAUCCAGUCACCAAGGCCUUAAAAGAAGCCAAUUUGUCUGUGGACGAUGUUGAUUUCGUUGAAAUCAUUGGUGGUACUACUCGUAUCCCAUGUCUCAAGAACGCAGUUUCUGAAGCUUUCAACAAGCCUUUGUCGACAACUUUGAACCAAGAUGAAGCCAUUGCUAAGGGUGCUGCUUUUAUUUGCGCUAUCCACUCUCCAACUAUGCGUGUUCGUCCAUUCAAGUUUGAAGAUAUCCACCCAUACUCUGUCUCUUACUUCUGGGACAAACAGGAAGAGGAUGAAGACAAUUUGGAAGUGUUCCCUGCCGGUUCCUCUUAUCCAUCUACUAAAUUGAUUACUUUGCACCGUACUGGUGAUUUCUCUAUGGAGGCCAAGUACACAAACCCAAAUGUGUUGCCAACUGGCACUGCAGCAGAAAUUGCCAAAUGGAAUAUUACUGGUGUGAAGCUAAAUGAUGGCCAAACUUCCAUCCCUGUCAAGGUGAAGUUGAGAUGUGAUCCAUCCGGCCUGCACAUCAUUGAAAGUGCUUACACUGUCGAGGACAUCAAGGUUCAGGAAGAAGUUCCACCAGCUGCCGAUGCUCCAGAGGAUGCUGAGCCUGAAUACAGAGAGGUUACAAAGACUGUUAAGAAGGACAACUUGGUUGUUGAAGCUCACACCUUUGCUCUCUCUGAAAAGGAUUUGAACUCAUUAAUUGAAAAGGAGAAUGAGUUGGCAGCUCAAGACAAGCUUGUUGCUGAAACCGAAGACCGUAAGAAUGCUCUUGAGGAGUACAUUUACACUUUGCGUGGUAAGUUGGACGAGGAAUACAAGGACUUUGCUUCUGAUGACGAAAAAUCGAGACUAAGAGAUAUGCUUGCCAAGGCCGAAGAUUGGUUGUACGAUGAUGGUUAUGACUCUACUAAGGCCAAGUACAUUGCCAAGUACGAAGAGUUGGCUUCCUUGGGUAACAUUAUCAGAGGUAGAUAUCUCGCCAAAGAGGAAGAGAAGAGACAGGCUUUGAGAUCCAAACAAGAGGCUUCUAGAAUGGCUGAAAUGGCUGAAAAAAUGGCUGCUCAAAGAAAGGCUGAAGCUGAGAAGAAGGAUGAUUCUAAGGCGGAUGCCGAAGGCGACAUUGAGUUGGACUGA